AUGUCUCAGUCAGAGGUGCCAGAGGCCAGACUGGGCCUGAACAGUCCUGACCCCCUGGUGAGAGAGGCGUUUCUGAUGGCCCAUGAUUACAUAGACUAUGUAACUACAGGUGGGGCAGAUGGGACAAUUGGUCCUGCCCCUUCAGCCUGCACCGCUGCUCUGCGCCAUGCUGGAGAUGAGCUCGUUACCCGUUUCCCCAUCUUCUUUAGGCGCUGGCCUCGUGUCUUCCAGGAUGCGACAGAGAGCACGGCCUGCCCCAUGCUCAUAAACAUCCUGGAUGAGCACUUCUUUCCCCCUGUCCCUGGGGGGCGGCGGCGCAGGGACCUGGCCUGGAGUGCAGUGCUGUCGGUGUAUGUGCUGGCUGGCCAGAUGGCUCUGCAUUGCCAUGAAAGGGACAUGAUGGUGGUCCUGCCCCAGCUAAAAGAGUGUGUAGGGGCCUAUGUAGAAAGGGUCAUCUGCCCUGAGAUACAAGACAUGGGAGGAUGGACAGGUUUUGUGUCACGCUUUGGAGAGAAGCCAAACUUGGAAUGCCAGGUGAAGAAAGUGUGCUGCGGGACAUUGAUGGCUCUGGCUACCAGCAUCCUCAUCUACUUCUUGUGGAGAAAGUGGUUAAACACUGCCACCUAG